UGGAGGCACACCUCCUCUACAUGGACGCCGAGACGCUUUCUGGUCGUCAGGCUGGUAACUAUAUAAAUUAUUCUCCUUUUGAGAUGCCUAUUGAUUCAGGUGUUCAGAAGGGAAAGUGAAUACAAUCAAACACCAGGUGCUGCAAAACGACACUCGACAGUCAUGUCCUCGGCCAAGGAAGAUACGUUAUCCCCAGAUGAGCUGCGAAAAAGACUCUACCAAACUUUUAAAAAUAAAGGAGUGCUUGAUACACUCAAAACGCAGCUGCGGAAUCAGCUCAUCCAGGAGUUAAAACACCCACCUUUGACAGGAGGAGAGCCAGUCCCCAGACCAGUACCUGUGAAAUCUGAACCCCUUUUGGUCUCAGCUUGUAACAGCUUGGUAGCUGAUCACCUCCGCACCUCAGGAUAUGAGUACACCCUCUCUGUGUUCUACCCUGAAAGUGGCCUGUGCAAAGACAAGGUUUUCACAACAGGAGAUCUUCUUCAGCUUCUUAAAAUCAACCCUGAAUCAUCACUUCACAGAUCCCUGUCUUCAAACAAAGAUAACAGAGGUAAAGGUUUUCUCAUCAGCCUCCUAACACAGCUAACACACCAUUAUACUCACAGCCUUUGCCAUGAUGCUGACACUCAGACAACCAGCAUGGCCAGUUAUGGAGAGUCUCUUGUUGAGAAGAUGAAAAUGAUUGAUAAGGAAUAUGAGAGCAUCAGUCACAGUGGGGACAAGUGGUUUCCGUUCCAAUCAAAAUUGGCUGCAUAUAGAAAAGAAGUUGAAGCACAGAUGCAAGCAGAAACGAACACAAAGAUGCAACAUUUUAAAGACGUUGAAAUUGCCAAGGUGAGGAUGGAAGAAAAAGCUAAAUUUAAUAAAGAAUAUGAUAAGCUGAAGCAAGAGCUGGAGAGGACUUAUGAGAUGAAGGCAAAGGCGUUGAUGGACCGGGAGAAAAAUGCCAUUGAACGGUUGCAAAAACAACAAGAGAUUGAAGAAAAAAAUGUGUACAUCCAGAGACAGUCAGUCCUGAAAGAAAUCGAAACAGUGCGGAACAGAGAGAAUGAGCUGAGGAUGAGAACAGAAGCUUUUGAAAAGACUUGUCAAAUUCAUGAGGAGAAGGUCAAGACCAGUGAAGAGCUGCUGCGGAGGAGAGAAUUGGCAGUGAAGACUUUAGAGGACACACACGACCAAAGGCUGAAAAACGAACUUUCCAGGUAUCAGCUCGAGUUGAAGGAUGAAUUUAUCAAGAGAACAGAGAAACUAACUGAGAAUGAGAACAGAAACAAAGUGGAAACGGCUCGUAUCCAAAAAGAGUCAGCUGUAAUUAAUGCCAAGUUAGAGGAGCACAGCAGAGCAUGUUCAGAACUGAGACGGCUGCAGGCUGAGCUAGACACAGCACAGCAGCAGAUUUCUCUGCUGACUCAACAGAAGGAGCUUUUGAGGGAAAGACUGGAGUCGAUGAGUGACUACCCCAGCUUGAAAAGAGAGAAAGCAGAGCUGCAGGGCCAGCUGCGGCUGCUAAAGAAACAGCUGGAGGAGGCCCAAGAGGAGAACCGGCUUCUCCAUGCAGAUUUGAGCAAGCCGUCCAAGGAGCAGCUGGGCUUGCAGAUGGAGCUGCGGAGACUGCAGAGCGCUCGCAAACUGGAUGAGGAAGAGUUUGACAACCAAAAACAGGUGCUGCAGGCACAGCUCCAGAGUGAGGUGGAGCGGUGCGCUCAGCUCAAGGCUCAGUUGACGGAGUGUGAGGAGAGGUCACAGUGGAUGACUAACCACAUUGAGGACAUUAAGAUGCAGCUUCGCCAAACUCAACAAGCUCUUGAAAAUGAAGUGCUGCGUAACCCCAAGCCCUCUCUUGUCGACCGCUCUGUACUGGAUCUCGGUGCUGACAAACUGGUUCCCCCAGACAUCUAUGUGGACAGAUCUCUGAUGAGGGCCAGAGUGGGUUUUGAUGAUGUUUGUGAAGCAGGUGGGCUUUUGCGAGAACACAAGCUGCCUAGGAGGGACUCUCCAGACCCCGACAUGGAGCUUGUUGCUGCGGCCAAGGCUCGGAUCCAGGAGCUGCAGGAGGAGGCAGAGACCUUGGAGGAAGCUUACAGGAACUACCAGCAGAGGGCAGUGUUCUCCACCAUCUCACACAUGCUCCCACCAAGACCUCUUUCCCCACCACGAGCACAUCCUUUACAUUACCCCGACUCCUCUCUACGAAGACAAGUCUCUCAUCUUUCACACACUCAUACACCCCACAGAUCAAAUGUCUCACACAGACCACUGUCUCCACAAACUACCAAAACCACCUCAUCAGCACCCCGUGACACCAGAAACACCAUACCAUCUGCACAACCAAGAGUGACCUUCUUAGAGGAGCAUAACCAACCUCAGGCCACAGUUUUCCCAGACCACAGUCUCCAUUCAUUGACUGAAUCUCAGUUUCUAAAAGAUGGACACCCUCAGGAUGGAAGCAGCCCUCUAUCCAGACGUCUGUCCUCCACGCCUCAUUCAUCCUCCUGGAAAAAGCUUCAAAGAGAGAUUGAAGAAGAGGCAGCCGUGUCUCCGGUGGCGUUCCCGGAGCUGUCGUUUGACAGACAGCACCCCCAUGCCCCCCAUGACGAGGUGCCGACCCCAGGUGACUUUUCCCCUGAGCUUAGUCCACCUCGCAGUCCUCAGCUCAAGAGCACAGCACGAGACCAGUCCAGUCCACCAAAACUGCACCCUGUGUACUCCAGCUCAGAGUCCUCUCCACAACCUGAGAAGAUAAGCCUUGAAGAUCUCACAGGCAUUUUGUCAGAGCCCGGCCACAUUCCAGAGCUUCUCCUGGACACUGCCAUCCCUCUCUCUGAGGAGGCCCCUGACGGCCCCGCUGUCUCCCGCCCACAGGACCUCCCAGAAGACCCGAUAGACUUGCGAGGCCAGGCGGCAGUCACACAAGCCUCUGAAUCUGCCAAGGAAGAAGAUGAAGAGGAUAAGGAGCAGAGGUGGGCAAGAGAGCGAAAGGAAAGACUAGAACAAAGGCAAAGGGAGCAAGAGGAAGCCCGAGAGAGGGAGCUGCGAGAACUUGAGAGACUUGAGAAAGAGACGCUUUCGCAAGAGAUGGAGCAAUCAGGACAGGAAAAAGAGGAAGAAGAAGAAACAGGAAGUGAGAAAGGAGCUGAUGAAGAGCAGAAGCAAGAGGCUGAUAAAGAUGGGGAGGAGGCUGCAGGUGAAAAUCCGUUGGAGAGAUACAUGAAGAUGGUCCUGGAGGCGAGACAGAAGCAGAGUACACAGAGCCCUGGAGGAGAAGAAGGGGGACAUACAAGCCCGGAGGCCAAGAGUUUGUCUGAGGAGAAAGAUAACAGCGUUGCAGCGUAUUCACACAAGGACGGAGAUGAUGAUUUCUGGUGAGCUGGUUGUUCCAGAGCGCCUUCAUAAACUCAAGCCUCUGUAGCCUUUUAUUGGUUUAAACAAGUGUGGAGAAUUUAUUGUUUUAUAUUUUUAAAUUUUGCAUUUCAGUGUGUAUAUUUGACACCAUUUGUUUGAAUAAAUCAUAUUUGAUUUU